UGGAUGUUCAACAAUGCUGGCGGAGCGAUGGGGUCCAUGUACAUCAUCCAUGCAUCGAUCACGGAGUACCUCAUCUUCUUUGGUACGCCAAUUGGCACCGAGGGCCACACGGGGCGCCACACUGUCGACAACUACUUUCACAUUCUCGUGGGCCAGGAGCAUGCUUUCCGUGCGGGUGCCUUUGAGCCUGAAGUCUACGGGCCGGGCUCGCAGCACCACCUGCCCCGUGGCCACGUGAAGCAGUAUGCGAUACCUGACGCCCAAGGUGGGGGCUGUUGGGCGCUCGAGCUGUCGCAGGGCUGGAUCCCGCCCAUGAUGCCGUUUGGACUGUCGGACAUGCUCUUUAGCACGCUGGACUUGCCCACCCUGGCAGUCACGGCCUACAUCACGGCCAGGGAAAUGCUCGGAAACCUCUUGAUUGGUGUGUGCAAGCGGGGUCAGCUCGAGAUCUCGCUUCCCGCUGACAUUCUAUCCACCACAGGGAAGCUGUGAUGAUCUCAU